UAGAACAAUGGCGGUCGUUUUGUUGGUCAUUCUUGGAGUGGGUCUUAUACAAGGAGCGUUUAUCCUCAACACUGUACGAUCUAUGUUCCCUAAAGGAGGAAAGAAAAGCCGUUUACAAAGAUGCUUGAGCAGUUUUCAAAUAGCGCCGAUAAUUUUGAUAGAAGUGGCAGAAAUCUGGUUUUUCGUCAUGGUGUUUCUACCAGCAGAAGUUGAACUACCUUUGAGCUCAACCAAAGGAUGGAUUUUGAUUUUCAUAGCAUUUUAUUUGUGGAUCAACAUGGUGUUCAACUAUCUGGCAGCGGUGAUUGUAUCACCUGGUUAUCCAGAAAGGAGAAAAGAAUUCGAGGGCGAUGCUGAGAUGGAUGUUAGGGACGGAGACUUUUGCCCAAAAUGUGAUCGCGUUAGAUACGCAGGCACGCAUCACUGUAGCACCUGUGGUACUUGCGUGACAUUUAUGUCACACCACUGCCCCUUUACAAACAACUGCAUUGGUCUGAACAAUUAUUCAUAUUUUUAUUUAUUUCAAAUAUACUGUACUCUUGGACUCUUAUUCGCUUCAUACUGCACUUAUAACUCUUUUAUAGCUUGUAUGGUAUACGACUCGAGCAACAGACAAAUGUUUUAUCCAAGAUAUAGCACCCAUAUGUGUAAUGAACUUGGGGACUACCCUGUCCUUUUUUUAGUUGCAAUAUUAUUAUUUCUUUUUAUGAUCAUAGUAAUUUGUUACCACACCAUCUUACUGUUAGCCGACCUCUCUAUGAUUGAGUUUCUUAGACAAUUCCAAAAUAGUUCGUCUCUUUGGAACCUUUUCAAGAUUAUGUACUUCAGGAUUGCUGGACGGAAGAAAUUUCUUCUCAGAAUUUUGUUACUUAACCAUCGGAAGAAAAUAUGGAAGUUUUUCUUGCCUGUGAUAAAUGACAUUGACGAUCAUUGGCAUGGACAAGAACUGCCAGUAUAGAACUGAUAAGAAGCCAGAUAAUAGACCUCCUCAGCUCAGACAUAAUGUUUUUCCAUUUUCAGACUGUGUCAUUCCCUAGAGUAUUGUUUCUUUGUUUAACAGUUGUGCUCGGUUGCACAUGAGUAAUGGAUAUCAAUAUGGACAUAACUCAAACAAAGAAUCUUAUUCUCAAGGGAAUGACACAUGGUCUGAAAUGGGAAAACAUUAUGCUGGAUCCAAAGGGUCUAUUGGGGAAGAAAAGGAAGAAUAGUGAAGAGGAGGGAGGAAUAGGAAUGAGGAAGGCAGAAAUAAGAAAAGAGGGAAGAACACAAGUGAAGGAGUGGAGAGAAGAAGGUACGGGGUGUUAGGAAAAGAGAGGAGAGAUUAAAAAUGGAAGGAAGAGGAGGAGGAAGAGAUGAAAAAAGAGGAGAGAAGUGGAGGAGAGGGAAGAUGAGUUUGGUCAGACUAACAUUUUGGUGCCAAUGGGGUUAGUAGUGAACUGACAAUUGGCCAAAAAAUAGUAGUUAACUGGCAAACAACCUAAAAUUAGUAGUUAACUGAUAUUUCAUUAUUUUAGUUAAUAUUAUGGCCAGCACUUAUAAAAUUAUUACAGUCAACUGAUAAUUAGAAACCUUCAUUGGCCCCCUCUAAGGCGUUCAUAAUG